AUGCUCUCCUCACGGAAAGAAAACGAUAACCCGCCGGUUUAUCCGGCGGUACCCAACUCCCUCCGGUCAGAAUCAUUCGAGAUGACCGAGAUGCGAAAAGUUCAAGAAGCUCGAGCCGACACCGCUCCAAACAUCACUCCUUAUCUCAGCCUCCGGUCAAGACUCUCUCAAAUAUGGAUGAAUCGCUGGACAAUUCUCCUUCUCCUUGUCCUUGUUCGGGUCAUUAUCCUCAUCAUCGAUCUUAAAGAAAACGUCGGAGAUGCCAAAGUCAAAGCCCUCUCAGCCUGUACCAAAGUCGAGGAUGUUGGCAGCGCGAUGGCCUCUAUGCCCCACUACCUAUCAAGAGGCGUCAAUGAACUUGCUGCCUCCGGAAUCGAAAAGUCAGUUGAAGCCAUGGUGUACUUACUCGACCUCAUCCUCGUAGGUGUCAAGAGCAUGAUAAUCUUCUACAUCAACUUUCUUACUGCCACUUACGUGUGUCUGAUUACCGCAAUGGUCCACGGUAGCCUGGACGUUGUUGCUGAUGUCACAGAAGGGGCAACAGAAAAGUUCAAUAGCUUGAUUGACAAGGCUGUCAGCAAGAUUGAAGAUAUCUCUCAAGAACUGGAAGAUGGCAUUAACAAGGUCACCAAAGGAAUUGAAGACUCGGUCCUGGGUGGCUUGGUUCCAGAUAUCCCAAAAGUCGACUUUUCUUCACCUAUCGAUGAGCUCAAGGACUUUGACUUGAAGUCCGAGGACUUCGUUAAGGAUGUUCGCAAGUUGGAGGAUGACCUCCCCGACUUCAGAGAAGUACAGAACUUGACGGAGCAGGCUAUUUCCAUUCCAUUCGAUUUUGUCCGCAAGGCCCUUAACGAAACGUACGGCAACUACAAAUUCGAUCGAAAUGCCUUCCCUCUCGCCCAAAAGAAAGAGUUGAGCUUUUGUUCCGAGAAUGCCGCCCUCAAUGAUUUCUUCAACAACCUGUUUGAACUCAUCGCCAAAGCUCGAACCAUCUUUAUUGCUGUUCUGAUCAUCCUCGCCUUGGCAGCCAUCAUUCCCAUGGCUUGGCUUGAGAUCAGGCGCUGGCGACGGCAGCAACAGCAUGCGCGCCUCAUUGCCCAGAACGCGUAUGACCCAAUGGACAUCGUCUAUAUUGCAUCUCGACCUAUGACGGCGACUUUUGGCAUCAAGAUUGCUUCGCGCUUCAAGGGCAAGCGACAGAUUCUUGUUCGAUGGCUCAUCGCUUAUGCUACUUCUGUACCUGCCUUGUUCGUUCUGUCCCUUGCUAUCGCCGGAUUCUUCUCCUGUUUCUGCCAAUGGAUUCUGCUCCGAGCCAUCAAGAACGAAGUUCCUGCUCUAGCCAACCAGGUUGGCGCAUUUGCCGACGACGUUGUGCAAAAUCUUGAAAGCGUCUCAGCUGAAUGGGCUAACGACGCCAAUGGUGUCAUUACUGGCUUCAGUGAUGAUAUCAACAAUGAUGUCCUUGGCUACGUAACAAACGCUACCGACGCUGUCAACGACACCCUUAAUACGUUCCUUGAGACUAUGGAUGACGGGCUGAACACUGUCUUCAAGGGAACCAUUCUUCUAGACCCCAUCAAGACAGUCCUUCACUGCGUCAUCGGCAUCAAGAUCGAGAGUGUGCAGAAAGGACUUACCUGGGUACACGACCAUGCAGAAGUCAACUUUCCUCUCUUCGAAAACAACACCUUCAGCAUGGGAGCAAAGGACUCAGUGGAAGGUGACUCGGAGCUUAACUCAUUCCUGGCAUCCCCGUCGAGCGCCACUACUGAUGAGGUCACGGGGGCUGUCAAGGCCGUUACAGAUUGGCUCCAUAGCAAGCUCAUUCAAGAUGCACUCAUCUCUACUGGAUUACUUCUUCUGUACGUACUUGUUGUUCUUGGCGGUGUAGUCUGGACACUGGUUGGCAUGGUGUCGCCUGACAAAGGCCGCGCCGAAGGCGGUAUGCGCUUCACUGGAGACAACAGACCAAGCUUCAGUCCUCGCAUCGGACAUCAUGACCCUACGAACCCCGACGGAGCAACACACUUCCCUCGAUUUGGAUCCUCCUCUGGCGAAGAGGAUCACUAUAGAGAAGAGAGGAAUGGACGUGAUGAGAAGUUCAUGUCGGGCGCAACAGGGACUCGUGCCACCCAGGUCGACGGCCACCAAAGAGGCAGCUCCUAUGGCUACUUAGACACGGCAAGCGGCAAAUACUAG